AAAUUUUGAGAACUGCGUUCUUGAAAAAGAAUAGACAUUUUGCUUGCAAAAAAGAAUAAACAAUGCAAUUGGGAAUAUAAUAAUUGAAAUUUAAGUGCCUAGGAAUUUUACCAUUACAAGAGCAAGUAUAUAACAUUGAAUUAGGACGAGAAAACAGCCAUAAACAUGGACUGCGCACCACUGAACUUGGCCCAUUUCCACGAGCGAAGGUCGGAGCGCUUCAUUCGCAAUCACCGCUAUGAGGAGGCCAUUAAGGCGCUGGAAACAUCCCUAAUCUACAUGCAGGAUGCCCAAAAACGGGUGGCUCUGCCCAAAUCCAAGGAAGUUCUGGACACAUUAACCCUCGACUUUCAGCGCAAACUGCGUCAAAUCGAGAUGCGAAAAACGCAGCACGGCCUGAACAAGUUGAAGGACUAUGCUCCCUUGAAGGAAACCAGUCCCAUGUUGCCCCUGCGUCCGGAAGCCGGAGCAAGUGGUGCAGGAGGAUCCGCCCAAUCCGUGGCCAAGGCAAUCGACAAAACAGUGCAGGAUUUCGAUGCCAAGUUUACCUCUUCUCUGGUGGCAAAGGCCUCCAACACGCUGGCCAACUCGGAGCCCCAAAUGGAGACGCUGCGGCAGAGCGAUUCCGCCAAGGAGGAGCACGAACGCGAUCCCUAUGAUCAACGGCUGGCGGGCAGCGGCGACCUGGACCUGCCCUCCCUGGCUCCCUUGGAGCUGCCCUCCUUCGACUACAGCUUGUUCACCAGCUCCUCGGCUCCUUCGCUGGCCAGCUAUGCCGGCAUGGCUGAGAGCUUCCAGAAAUAGGCAUAGGAACUAAGAUCCAUUUGUACAACUUCAAUUAACUGGAGAGAUCUCGUUGUAAUACAGUGCCCUUUGAGUCGUGAUUAGGAUUAAAUUUUAGGCAUGUUCUUCAUUUUGCAUGCACCUUGCAUGCAGAUCCCUUGUAAAGCAUAUCUACAUUAAAGUGUGCAAUAAUACUUUGAUAUACUACUGAACUAUGAAUGUAAACGGAAGAAAUCACACUUCCACAGUAAAUAUAACCCACAACUUUGUGUAUUACAA